GGUUCUUUACAAGCAGACGUGGCUUUCCGAGUCAUCUUAUCAAACAGGACUGCUGAUAGGAGCGAAAUAAAAGAUGAGAUUAGAGUAGACUUUAGCCAAUAUACUAAGACAUGCCUUUGGUUGAUUAUUGUUCUGGUGUUUUUCAUUAGAACAGACGGCGCCAAACCGAAGAGAUGCGAAUCUCCUUGGCGAACCUACAACAAAGUAUGUUUUCUGUUCUCAGACAACAACCAGCAGAAGUUUGAAGAUGCACAAGCCAUCUGCUACAAGAAGGGAGGAUUCUUGGCGAGCAUUCGAAGCAGCCAAGAGCAAGGAUUUCUCAUAAAGACUAUCCAAGGCAUGGGAUCGUCGUUCUCUCGUGUGCGUUGGCUGAUCGGCUUGUACCAGUAUGACCCAUCUGAUAACAAGGCCUAUCGCUGGCUGGACGGGAGCGUGUCAAAUUUCCGAAACUGGAUGCCAACUCAGCCAAAUUCAGUGUACGAACGAUGCACCUUAAUUGAUGGAAGCAACGGGUAUAAAUGGAGAGACGAAAUUUGCAGCAACCGGGCCUUGUUCAUAUGCCGGAAAGAUCUUGAAAAAGAUGGCUCCAUGAAUUGUUUCAAGGGGCAUCCGCCCCCACAGCAAAUCUUAGAGAAGAAGGGCAUCAGCGUCACGGAGUGUCUGGAGCACUGCAGAGGCCUCGGCUUCACCCUCGCUGGAACCAUUCCGGAUAAGUGUUACUGCCUGCAGCCGGAAAAUCUCAACAAUCUCAAAAUAGCCGAAAGACUGGAAUGCAACGGCAAUUGUCAAAACCAGCAUUGCGGGAAUGAUAAUUUCAUCACGAUAUAUAAUCUAACUUUUUAUUCCGACACUGCGGAAUCAUGCGAAGACCUCUCGCAGUUGGGGCUUUCAAAUCCAAGCACCUACGUCACGAAAUCGGGAGAGGAGGAGAAAUUACAAAAUUGUUUUUCAGAUGAUUUUCUAUACACUUUUUCGUUUUGGAACAGCUUAUCAAGACUUUAUAAAGUCUAAAAUGUGCUGAAGAAGGAAAAAUGUUAUCAG